AAAUGUCAUAACAAAUAAAUGUUAAGGGUAGUAUUUCAAAAAAUCUCUUUUAAUGCUAACGGUAAUGUCAAUAACUUAAUUAAAUUAACAAAAAUGUCCUAUUACGCGGUGGCAAAAGGUCGAACGACUGGAAUUUUUAUGUCAUGGGGUGACUGUGAGUCUCAAGUGAAAGGAUUUUCUGGAGCUCGAUACAAAAAGUUUAACAGCGUAGUCGAGGCGCAGAAUUUUAUUCAGAGUAUAGGUGGUAACAAAACUGUCUCACAAAAUAAGAAGCCUUAUACUCAAAAUUAUUCCGUUUCUGGUAAUUCCAAGAAUAACCUCAAAAGGUCUUUCUCUAAGUCAUCAUUUGUUGGGAAAAAAAAUGACGACAACUAUUCUCGUCAAUUCCAAUCAAAUAAAAAUACGUCAGAAAGUAGUGAGCCACAGAAUUAUGAAGACAGUUUUCAAGCAGACAGUGACUCUAGUGAUGAUUUAAAUACAAUGUUAGUUAAGCAAUUAGACGAUGUAGAGAAAAGAAUAAAAGGUUUUGAAAAAGGUGUCGACAAAAUUAUAAAGAACUCCUCUCGCAAUACAAUGCUUAUAGAACCUCCGGUACCUAAAAGGAAAAGAAGUGCCAAUAAUCAAGGCUUUGAUCAGGACAGUGAUGGAUUUGUGCAGGUUUAUACAGAUGGAGCCUGUUCUGCCAAUGGUCGUACAGGAGCACGGGCAGGUAUAGGAGUCUACUUUGGAGAAGGGCAUCGUCUCAACACUAGUGCACCGGUGUCAGGUCGUGCCACUAAUAAUUGUGGUGAAAUACAAGCUGCAACAAAAGCUAUCCAGUUAGCUCUACAAAAUGGUGUUACAAAAUUGGCCAUCAAUACUGAUUCACAAUUUUUAAUCAACUCUGUUACAAAAUGGAUGCCAGGCUGGAAAAAUAAAGGGUGGAAACUGAGAUCUGGUGAACCAGUAAAGAAUGAACAAGACUUUAAAGAUUUAGACAAAUAUCAAAACAAAUUACAAAUUAAAUGGAAUUAUGUAGAAGCCCACCGUGGGGUUCAUGGUAAUGAAAUGGCUGACCAGCUCGCCAAGGCAGGUGCAGCUAUGUAUAAUAAUUGAAAAUAUAGGACUGAGUCUGAAAGAAAAUAUCUGAUAUUGUGUGAGUUUCUAUUAGAUACUGAUGGCCGUCAGAAUUCUCUGUGCUGUACUAGACAGGGCACAUUAUCAGAUGCUGCCAGGGUAUUAGGUAUAUUAUAAAUGUAUGGGUUUACUCCAACAUCAUUAAAGCAGAUGUAGUAAUCAAUUUCUGUGAUCAAAAUUAUUUUGGAAAUGUUUUUUUCAGAGAAUUUAUUAAUACACAUGUUAUAAACAUGUCUUCUUUGUAUCAACUAUUUUUGUACAUGGCAUACUUACAUGAAUAUUUCAUUGAAAUCCAAACAAAGCCAUUGGUUUGGUUUUAGUAAUUCUUUGCUGAUUCUUCAUUCACAUUUAAAUAAUCUCUUUCUGUUUAUUAUAAAAAAUACACAAGAGAAAUGGGAAGAAGAUAAUAUUAGGUUUUCAUUAUUGAAUAAGGAACUGUUAUUCACAAAAUAUUUAAUUAAAAGCUUUAUUACAGUUGAUUGUGAUGUUAUGACUUCAUGCUAUUAUUACUUAUUUAAUUUUAAGAGGAUUAAGGCUGGCUUUGAUCAUAUUAUGACAAAUUCUUACUUUCACUGUUUAAAAAAAAUACUAAAUCCUCAUAUUAUCCAGUAAUAUAAGGACAUUAGUUUUUUAAGUUACCACAAAAGAAUAUGAAAAAUAAUGUAGAUGAUGAUUGAUAUAUGAAUGUUUUUUCUGUAACAUGUGACCAUAAAAAUAUUCAAAUAAA